AUGGCCACAGAAAGUGAACGGCGCCCACUGAGCGUGAUUUCGAAUUCACGUAUGAACAAACUGUCAGGUGUGAGUCCCGUUAAGGACCGCAAACUGACAUUGCCUUCGAUAACGUCGAUUAUGAAUGUGGAACAAGAGCAAGGGGCCGAGACAGUGGUACCAGAUGCAGCGGGUACGACAACGGCUGCGGACGCGACAGUGUCGGCUGUCGCACCGGUUAUUGUGUGCGAGGACGACCCGUAUAGUCUGGCUGCGCACAAGCUGCGAGUACGAUUGCAGCUCGCCUAUUACAAGUACAAGACAAACCAGUCACAUCUCAAGUUUCGACAGCUACAGCGGCACGAGCCACGAGCGGGAGCCGCACGGAGACUUGUGGUGUCACAGGGUGCGUUCCGCACGCCCGUGAAAUCCGUGAAUCCAUCGCGGUGUCUCAAGCCGAGCAGCACCACAAAAAAGUUAGCGCCUGCCAAAUCGACACCGCGGUCCACCUCGCUGCCGGGCUCUCUGCAGGACACUCCCAUCUCCGUAAAGGCCGCAAAACAGCUGUUGCAGUUGUUUUCGAGCGCCAACUGA